AUGCUCGUGUAUAGCCUUCUUUUCACUAUCGCGUACUUGAUCUGUAUAGCGACCUCCUGCGCCCAGAGUUUGAAGGGCCUCAGUUAUUCCAAUGUGGCAACGAAGUCGACCAAGGUUGGCGAGUCAGAUGUGUACGUAGGUCGCGAUGAGCGCCAGGAUGCAGUGACCCAUAAUUAUGAACACUUAUUCCCACUGUUGCAUGAAAAGGCCAAGUCGAUGGCAAACGAGGUAGCCAUCACUGAGCUAGAAGAUUCCGAAGUAAAAAGAGAAACCACCUUUGGAGAAUUGUUCGAGCAGGCUCUAAGCUUAAGUCAAUACCUUAACACCGAGGAUGGAGGAAUACCGACGAAAAAAUAUAACGAAGAAUGCAACAAGGGGGAAUUCAAACUUUUGGGAAUUUAUGGGUCGAAUUCGAAGAACUGGUUGGUGGCCGACUUAGCAUCCAUGGUUAGCGGAGUCACAUCCCUCGUGAUGCACUCCAAGUUUAGCAUUGAUGAAGUUUGCGAAAUAUUGAACGAAAGCAAACUGGAGUGGCUAUGUAUCGACCUCAACUUGGUAGAUUCGUUGUUAGAGAAGAAGGAUAAAUUACCGUACUUAAAAAAACUGCUUAUAUUAGACACACUAAAUCAUAGCGGAAAUACAGGAAGGAGAGUGAACCGCCCAGGGGCCCCCCCAGAAACGCAGGAACAGAAGGAGAAACGAGAAAAAGCAGAAAAACUGGAAAAGGAAAAUAGUGAUCUAUUUAAAAAAAUGAAAGCCAAAGCGGAAGAACUAGGAGUAAGUAUGUGUGAGAUAAACGACUUCACAAAGGACAAGGUACCCACAUAUAAGGUCGUAAGCCAACAUGAUCCAGAACACAUAUCUACAAUUGUCUAUACAUCCGGCACAUCGGGAAAACCAAAGGGAGUUAUGUUAAGUAAUAGAGCCCUCUACUUCACAGUCGUACCAGUGAGCAAAUGGAGUAUCUUUUUAAAGUUCAAUCCAAAACAGCAUUUCUCGUAUUUACCCCUUUCACAUAUAUAUGAACGAUCCAUAGCGUACUUAAGUUUUUAUCGAGGAAUGCAAAUAAGAAUAUGGAGCAAAGACUUAGCACUCUUUUCGAAGGAUCUAUCUGAAUCAGGUGCCAACAUCAUUGUAGGUGUGCCCAAAGUAUUCAACAGAUUGUACACAACCAUCAUGUCUGAGAUUGCAAAGUUACCUGCACAUAAAAGAUUCAUGGUGGAAAAAAUAAUUGCUUUACGUAGAAGAAAUAAUUAUGGAGGAUUUUCAAAAUUUUUAGAGAAUAUGACUCACGUGUCACAAAAAAUAAAAGAUAAAAUCAACCCCACAUUAGAUGUAUUCUUUAGUGGAGGUGGAAAAAUAUCACCCAAGGUGGAAAGAGAUCUAAGUGUUUUACUCAACAUCAAUUUCUACCAAGGCUAUGGACUCACUGAGACAACUGGACCCAUCAUGGUACAACAUCAGAGAGACAAUUCCACAAAUAGCAUUGGAGGACCUGUUUCCCCCCAUGUACAGUACAAAGUUGUCACAUGGGAAAAGUACGACGCGAAGGGCAGGCCACCAAGAGGUGAAUUACUCCUAAAGGGGCAACAACUAUUCAGUGGCUACUUCCUUCGUCCAGAACAAACCAAAAGUGCAUUUACAAAAGAUAAAUUUUACAAAACAGGAGAUGUUGUACAGAUAAACAAAGAUGGAUCCAUUACCUUUUUAGAUAGGUCCAAAGGUCUAGUGAAAUUAUCACAAGGAGAGUACAUCGAGACGGAAAUGCUUAACAAUUUGUACUCAGACAUCGAUUUUGUCAAUCACUGUGUUGUGUAUGGUGAUGAUUCCAUGGAUGGACCACUUGCAAUUAUAAAUGUAGAUAAGGAUUUAUUCGCAAAAUGUUUGGAAAGAGAUGGUGUCCUAAAACAACAAGGAAUAAGCACUGCUGAUUUCUUGAAGAGUAUAAAUGACCAGACACUCAACAAGGAGGAGUAUCUAAAAUACGUUAGAGAAAAAAUGCUAGAUAUGUAUAAGACAACCAACUUGAAUCGCUACAACAUUAUAAAUGAUAUUUACCUCACCUGCAAACUCUGGGACACCUCCAACUACCUCACCCCUACAUUCAAGGUUCGAACCUUCUACGUCUUUAAGGACUUUAAAUCCUUCAUUGAUAAAGUAAAAAAGAGAUACACCGAUAAAAUGAAAGCCAAGAAUAAAUAA